UUAAAAGCCAUUGACGUAGCGCUCUUUAGAAAUGGGUUUUAACAGAGGCGCAGUCUGUGUAGGAACAGGGGAAAGUGUUUUGAGACCAGGAAAAGCGGACAAACGGAGAAAUGAAGUGGUGAGCAGGUUUGAAGUGUUCUGAAUUGGUACAUGAUGUUGCUGUCGUGCUGUCCUGCACGCUUCAAACCUGUGUGGAGCCCCUGAGUGGGCACAGCUGGUGUCCUCUCCAGCUCAAAACCAUUUGGGUCUGAGCACCAGGUGAACGUUUCAGAUAAUAUCCAUACUUUUUCUUCGUCAUCUGGGCUACACACACCACCUUUAGCAGAGGAGCGAAGAGUGUGGACACACCUAAACAAAUAUGACCAAAGGAUCCGCGCCCUGACGCGCUCCGGUGCUUGCAUGUUGGAACGGUGAGAGUGUGGACUAGCAUGAAGCGCCAUGGCUUGGUGUGACCGCGGGGUUCAAACACUGCUGGCCACGGUGGGGGCUUUUGCUGCUUUCAGUCUGAUGACCAUCGCCAUCGGCACGGACUACUGGCUCUACUCGCGAGCGUACAUCUGCAACAGCACCAAUGCCACCACAGAUGAGACCCAGUCACAACCCAAAGCCAAGAAGGGCGAUCUCACCCACUCCGGGCUGUGGAGAAUCUGCUGUAUUGAAGGCCUCAAUCAAGGCAGCUGUUACAGAAUCAACCAUUUCCCUGACGAUAACGACUAUGACACAGACAGCUCUGAAUACCUGCUGCGCAUAGUUCGUGCCUCCAGUGUGUUCCCCCUCCUCAGCACCAUACUUUUAAUGCUUGGAGGGCUGUGUGUCGGGGUGGGCCGACUCUACAACAAGACAAACAACGUCGUCCUCAGUGCAGGCAUUCUCUUUGUAGCUGCAGGCCUGAGCAACAUAAUUGGCAUCAUCGUCUACAUAUCCAGUAACGCAGGAGAUCCUAGUGAUAAACGUGAUGAUGACAGGAAAUAUACCUACUCCUAUGGCUGGUCUUUCUACUUUGGCGCCCUCUCCUUCAUUGUCGCUGAAACUGUGGCUGUCCUCGCCAUCAACAUCUACAUUGAGAAAAACAAGGAAGUUCGCUGGAAAGCGCGUCGCGAGUUUAUUCGUUCACUCUCCUCCUCUUCCCCGUACUCGAGGAUACCGAGCUUCCGCUACCGCCGGCGGACGUCACACACCAGCUCUCAUUCUACAGAGGCUUCCCGCGAGAACUCACCAGUGGUGGGUCUGAAGAGGGCACCAUCUAACAGUGGGCCCCUGGAUGAGAUGUCUAUGUACGCCAUGGCGAGGGACAGUGUGACGGAGAACACGUACAGCCCUGAACAUGAGGCGGCUGCUGAGUUCCUCCAGGUCCAUAACUGUUUCCCCAAUGAUUUAAAGGAUGGGGUGAAUCGCAGGACCACACCAGUGUGAGCGGCGUAUUGCUGGACUUGAGAUUCACCUGGAAGAGGACAAAUGGGAGAUGAUGAUAAAGUCAGUGGGCUGACCUGUUGGAGCCUGGCUGCUUGUGAUAGCCUGCAUCUUAGAGCCCUAGUUUUCAGAGAGACUGUCCUUUGUUGAAAGGACCAGAGGGAGAUGAAAGUACAGUCAGCUGGAAAGAUGAGCCAAUUAAGAGAGUUUAUUUAUCUGCUUUUAGAGACCAUCAAAGCAGGAUAGAGUUACCAUUGUCUGUGCUGUAGCCAAUGCAAAAUUAGUGUUAUCUUUCAACUGUGUCAAAAUGCUUAAACGAGCGAUGUGUGGACCACAGCCCUUGUUUGCGUGAUGGUCCCUGCACAUUUUGGGUAAACUUGAGGGUGAAGCACUUACGCGUGCCAAUCAGCAGGAUUCUACCUGUAAAUUAUUUAACAAGGUGCUACAUGAAAUGUGCUCUUCAACAUGACAGUGUUCCAUUUGUGUGUGAAGUCAGAAUGUGGACCUCUCUCCAAAGUUUGUUAGGUCUUGCCUUAUAAUCUAAUUAAUUGCAGGUUUGAAAGAGAGGACAGAGGCAGACUCUCUCUUUGGAAUGAUAUAAAUCCUUUUAAAGAAACUCUGAUUAGAAUAUUUUAACAUGGUUUUGGGAGUCAGUGUUUUUGCAAAACAAGUGACUUGCUAAGUUGUAUGAAUUGAAUAUUUAGUAUUUUAUUUGAUUGCUCUCCAACCUGUAUGAAUGGUUUUGUCUCCCUCACUGCCCCUUCUGUAAUCCUAUUCUUCUCUGACAUUUUUCAGAGGAAUGAAAUUUCAUCUUGUCAGUGGAACACCUCUGUUCAGUGACCCCUUUUUUUUAUUCACUUCCAUAUCAGCCUGCCUUUCUUCCAUCACACCCCCUGAUGGAUGUGACAUUGUGUACAUUAUGUGCCUGUCAGCAGAGAAGAGCAGCUGACGAGAAGGCUGUGCCCAGAACUGUGAAGACAGCGCAGGUCAGGACUGCUAGUCGGUCUGCCUGCCCCCCCUCCUCAUGUCAAACAGAGGCCCCGGACAAAAACAAAGGGAGCUGUCUGCAACCGCCUCCCUAAAGGAUUUGGUUUUAAUAACGGGGGCUGCACUGUCGUCCUGCAUGUCCAUCUUUGCUUUUUGUUUGUUUGUUUUUUAGGUUUUCUCAGGAAAUACUGGGUUUUUGUGGCAGGUUUAACUUUUGAAGUCUUCUCCUUGUUUUGUGGUAGUGCUAGAAAAUGAACCUGUGAUACAAGAUACCAUGACUGUAUUUAGAGGCUACUAUGAGUGUUUGCUUGCUCCAAGAACCAGCUGGGGUGGGUUUUCAUCAGUCUUAGGGCUAUUUAGCUGCCUCUGGUUUGGCAAGUGGGCUUACUCAACCACAGUGUAGUGUUUGAUUGUAUUUAGUGUGUUUGAUAUUCCAUUAGAGAUACCUAAACUAGUGUAUUUAAAAAAAAAGCUAACUAAAAAAGCCAUUUAUAUAAUCCAUUCUGAGUAGAGAGCUUACACUUUUAUAUUACAGUGUCAGAAAAAAAUCCAAAUGUAAAGCUGUAAACUUGUAUAUAAAAGUACAAUUAAAAAAACGAAACAAAAACACUGAAUAAGCAAAAAUGUGAAACAUUAUUUAAAGCAUUAUUUUACUGGCAAUGACAUUGGUCGUAGAAUUCAAUUUACCAUUUUUUAUUCAGGUAAACACACUUGGGUUUUGUGUUAUCAGUCAAUAAAGUAAAUCAAAGUAUUAAAUAUUCUGUUGUGUUUAAGGUGAAGUACAGUUUUUUUCUAUUGUGUGUAUGUCGCAGCUGUACUUUACUGAAUGUGCUGAUAUAUUAUUUAUGGCUUACUAUUGAUAAGCACAUUUUCAAUUUUAUUGUAAAUUUGAGAACAGAAGGGAAGAUGCUAAGUGGAGUAUAAGGAGGUGUGUAAUAAUAAAUAAUAAUUACAGGGAAAGAAACUGAGGCACUUGUUGUAUUAUACA